GGUAAGAAUGCAACUGAAAGAGAGGUUGCUGCGCUCACGGAGUCAGGCACCUUGGAUCACCAAAUCGUGGGGCAACUUCCCUGCCAAGAUGGCGUUAUGUAGUUCCGGCCGCUGCCUUCCAAGGUAGGUUGCGAGGGGCCAGCUUAGUAAGGAAUUUCUCAUGAUUCAUUUCUUUCUCAAAGCUUCUACCAGCUACCUCGGUAUGACUGUUAAUGGAACAUCAUUGACUCGAAUUUUUCUUUGAGACGGACCGAGUACGCAUGGACAACUAUAUUGCCUAGGAUAAGUCACUAAUGAUGUUUGCCGUCAAGGACCCUUGCUUCGUCACCAUCUUGAUUCGAAUACAUAUAUCGGAUAAAGUGUCCUGUCUGCCCACAUCUGUAUAAGCGAAGCACUUUUAUAAGCAAGAUGACUUCAUCGACUCGGGGCGCUCUGAAUUUCUCCACAGCAGAAUGUGAAAAAAUCGAUCCAUACAUACCACCACCUGGAUCGUCCCAAGAUUCAAGACCUCAUGUGACACUCACAUAUGCGACCUCCUUGGAUUCCAAUCUGUCGAUCGCCCCUGGCGUCCAAACCCUUCUUUCGGGACCAGAAUCAAAAUCUAUGACACACUAUCUACGGUCUAGACACGAUGCUAUCUUGAUCGGUGCUGGCACAGCUAUUGCCGACGACCCGUCCCUCAACUGUAGAAUUGAAGGUGUAGGCGGCUAUGGCGGGGAUGGACUUGACGGCCAGCCAAGGCCUGUCGUCCUGGAUCCUAAUGGCCGAUGGAACCUCACAGAUGCUAGCAAGAUCAUCAAGCUUGCUAGAGAGGGGAGAGGCCGGGCACCCUGGGUAUUCGCGGGCCAUUCUUUUGCAGUAGAUAAGCAACGUGCAAUUGAGCGAGUUGGUGGAAAGGUUUUUCUUGUCACGUAUACAGAUCCUCAGGCUUCAUCAGGAAGAUUAGGCUGGACACAAAUACUCAGUACUCUAGCCAAAGAAGGGAUCAAGAGUGUUAUGGUUGAAGGUGGAGGGGUCGUGAUCAACGACCUACUCUCAUCAAACAACAUUCAAUUGGUUGACUCAGUUAUCAUUACCAUUGCCCCUACUUGGCUUGGAAGAGACGGCGUACAGGUUUGUCCACCUGAGCGAGCAGAGAAUGGACAGCGAGUUCCAGUGGGAAGACUUAAAGAGGUGAAAUGGAUACCAUUAGGAGAUGAUGUAGUGCUUUGCGGAAGACCGAAUGUCUAACACCUCGAAUGCAGAACAGAGGCUUGCAUGGAACUUAUUCAUACCACAAUGACCAAAUUGUCUGUAUCAAUGCCGCCGCGUUCCCAAUAGACACAUCCGUUGGCCUUCAAUCUCUAUCCGUCUUUUGCAUCUUCCUUUCUGCCACCAAAGCCCGUGACAUUAUACUACAGGAAAGAUGCAGUCCCCGAGUACCCCAAUUCUCCAUGUAAGGAGAACAA